AUGCAUCCUACUCCUACUACACUUCCCAAGGGUUUGGCUAGAUGGACAAUUAUGCCAUGGCCUAGGCUUCCUACCCCAUUUCCAAUUGACAACAUUCAAAGUCACAAUGUAAGCUUGUGUUGUGACUUUAAAGAACUAGAUUUGAGCAGCCAAAGAGGUAAAAGCCUUUGGUGUGGUGCAAGAAGGCAAAUUAGGUUCCAAGAUGAAGAUGAAGAUAAAGAUAAAAAUGAUGAGUAUGGAUACAAUGAAGAGAUUUCAAAGUUGGAACUCUACAGUCAAUCAGCAAGAGGAGAAGCACUUAUUGUUCAUGCACUUGUGGACCAAAAUGAAGUAGAGGUGCUUAUCUUUAAGGGGUUUUCUUCAUCCUUAAGCUAUAGUACUUCCCCUGACCCAACAAGAAGCAUUCUUCCAGCCAGGGCAGUGAUAACAUCUAUAGAUAGAAUCAAAGGGCCUUUUGACCCUGCCAAUAUAGAGUAUCUGCAGAAAGAUGUGCCAUGGGAAGAAUUCAAAACAAAUCUUUCUAAUUAA